AUGCAAAUGAAAGGGGGUGCAAAGGGAGUGGGCGUGGCCUUUGGAAUGGAUGUGGGUGUGUCACGCGGGGUGGGUGUGGCUAAUGCACCCAGUGUUCCCGGUGCUCCCAGUGCUCCAAGUGCUCCCAGUGCUUCUGGUGCCCCUGGUGCCCCCAGUGCUCCUGGUGCUCCUGAUUCUCCCGGUGUUCCCAGUGCUCCCAGUGUUCCCAGUGCCCCCAGUGCUCUCAGUGCUCCUGGUGCUCCUACUGUCCCCAGUGCUCCCUGUGCCCCCGGUGCUCCCAAU